AAAUCAAACAGAACGUUUUGAUAGGCUUUAGGAAACUUUAGAAAUUUUGUAAUUAUUUAAGGUUUUUGUACAGUUUGGGCUUGCAUUGAACCGUGCAUCACACGUUUUAUGCUAAAUUGUUGUACCGUUAAACUGAAAAUAGCAAUAUAGUUUAGAAAAUAUACUCUGUCUAAAUUUUUCAAUGAAAAGACAACAAUAAGUGUGUAAUGAGUGUAAUCUGUUUUUCAUGGCGAUUAAUGAAAGUUUAGUGUAUUGGCUAAAUCACUUGCAAGCAUCUUGUCUUAAGGCUGCCAUAUGUGAGGCCACGCAUCUACAAAUAACUAAAUACGAAUUCACGGACGCAAAGGAAGUCAACAUCGGAAUAGGCGUUUGACAAGAGUACGUCCCCGGCUCACCGUCGGACUUUACACAGGGUUGUUACAGUUAGAAAAAUAUAAUAAUAAGAAAAACUGGUUUUCAAAUCAGAUGGAUCAAGAGAAUUACAAUUUAAAUACCAACUUGAAUCAAGAUGGUUUAAGUUUUAAAAAAAUGAAAGAUUGUAUUCUUGAAUUACUUAAAGAAGCUAAUUCUAAACAUGAAUUUGGAAAUUUAGAUGAUGCAAUAAAGAUUUUACAAAAUGCUGAAAAAAAAGUUGAAGAUCUAUCCAAAACUCAUCCAAAAACAAAGAAAACUAAAAUAAACUCUACUUUAGGAUAUACACUUGAUAUCGUAUUCUUAUAUAAAUAUGGUAACAUAUUAUACGAUAUUGAAGAAUAUCAAGGUUCCCUCGAUAAAUACAAAGAAAUUGAUAAAAUUCAAAUUAGACCCGAUGUACAAAAAGCUCAGGGAGACUGUUUUCGUAAUCUUUGUAAGUAUGAAGAGGCACAUAAAAAAUAUCAAGAAGCUCUUCAGCUGUAUAAAACAAAUGACUGUUCUUUAGAAGAUGAAGCUGCUCUUUAUAAUAGUAUUGGACUGCUUUACGUAGCUCAAGGAGACAACGAGAAUGCUCUUAAAGAGUUUGAAAAAGCAACCAACGAUAUAAGUCUUAAUCCUCUAUAUUAUUGUAAUAAAGGCAGCAUACUUUAUUGCAUUGCAGGUCAAGAAGAAAGAGCUAGAAACUGCUUUACUAAGGCAGUUAAGUUUUAUGAAGAAGGUAGAAUAGAAGGAUUAACUACCCAAAAUAUUUAUUACAUUAGUGAGGUUUUAAAACCUCUUAUAAAUUUAGAACAUGACUUCCAAAAAGAACCUGAAGCCAUUAAAGAUCUAAAAAAAACAAUGAAUAAUUGGAUGUUAUUGCAAGAAAAAAAAAACAGUUCAAUUCAAGCUGAACUUAAAGACGCUAAAAGACGCAUAGAAAAAAUUGAGAGUGAUAUUGAAAGUAUAUAUCGUGAGGUUUUCAUAAACAAAGAGGAGUUUGAAAAAUUUGCUUUACAAAGUAUAAAGAUUCAUAAUAUGUUUAAUGAAGAUUUAAGAGUGCUUCAAAUAGAUAUGAAUGGAGUAAUAAAGCAGCUAGUCUACAUUAAUGAUACUUUAGUUAGAAAUAAUUCAUUUGAUGAAGAACAAAUAAGGGAAAAGUUUGAAUCAUUAAGGCAAAAGCAUGGCGAAAAUGUCUACACAUAUGCUACUGUAUUUUAUAGGGCUUUAAGCGACUCACUAUUAGCGUAUAGACUGAUAAGCACUGGUUUAAUAAAAGGGGAAAGCAAAAAUCCUAAUAUUAGAGGAGUAUUAGGAAGUAUGUUUAGUUGUUUUGGUAUAAAGAGUAGGAUAUUUAAAUUUCUAGGUUUUGCGGAUGUUUCCCAAUCAAUUUCAAUUGCGAUUGGAAUACUAAAUAUCGUAAAUUGUUUUUUUGAAAAAAUUUCCGAGGCCAAGUUAGCUAGAGUAUCAAAAAAUGUAGUUGACAAUAUGACCAAUUCUCUACUUGAUAAAGACAUAGAUUUAGUUUUAGCAAAGUCGGCAAUUGAUAUUGCUAUAGCUAAAAAAGAAGCUAUAGAAAAAGGCGAAACACACUAUCCUACAGGUAAACUUAAAAAUUUAAUACAAUGGUUAAAGAAAAAAUCAGAGAAGCUAGCAACAAUGAUUACCGAAGUAAAUAGCGUGCCUGAAACCGUGGCUAGUAAGAUGGCUUUAAAAGAUGUAACAUUAUACAUUACUUACAGUUUCGUUAAGUCUAAUUCCAAGCAUAUGAAUGGAAAUGAAAGUGUUGAAUUGUUGAGUAAGGAUAUAAUGGAGCUGCUUAUUUCUGCAGAUAAUCAAUUAUUUGCAACCUUAUAUAAAAACACUAGUUCUGUAUCAACUGAUGAAGAUACUGUUUCCUAAAUGAUGAAGUAGUUAACAGUUAUUAUUAUUGGUUUUUUUAUAUAUAAUGAAACUCAGCUUUAUAGCUUUUUAUUACAUACAACUUAUAGCUUGUUAGCUUACAUAUAAAAAAAUUUGAAUUAUAUUUAAUAUAAAGUAUGUUAUAUUUUCUUGAAAUUAUUAAUAUUGAUUAUUAUAUUAUAUAUAUUGAUUAUUAUAUUAUAAUAUUAUAUAACAUUUUUCAUGUUGUUUGCUUUAAAUUGGUUUUGAAUUUUGUUAAAUAUAUUUUAAAAAAUU